AGGGCAGCAUCCCCAGACCAGGCUUCCUUGUACGUCAUGUGCUUCUGCCUCCGCCUGCCGCAGCUGCUCUCCACGUGUGUGGCCUUCUCACUGGUGUUCGACAGGGGCAUUCUGUGGGGGGACAUAAGUUACUGGUUCAUGUUCAGCCGGUGCUUCUGUUUCAUCUUGACGCUCAUCAUCUCCAUACUCGAGUUACUUAGGCUUCAGUCCGAUCUUCCUUUCUUCUGGUACAACUUCUCUGUCACAUGCGCCUGCUACGCCACCCUCAUCUGCCUCUCAGCCUCCAUCAUCUACUCCAUCACCUACGUCCAUUUCCUGCCUUAUGGCCCCAACCGGCACCGGGCCAUCGCUGCCACUGAAUUGUCCUGCGUGGCGUGUGUGCUUUAUAGCAUAGAAGUAGCCUGCACGUGGGACUGCUAUGGGCUCAAGGAGAUCACCCGCUACGUGCACACUGUGCCCGGCCUGCUGAAGGUGCUGGAGACCUUUGUAGUCAGUGUCAUCUUCACCUUCCUCAGCAACACCUCCCUGUACCUGCACCAGCCGGCCCUGGAGUGGUGCGUGGCCGUGUACUCCAUCUGCUUCAUCCUGUCAUCCGUGGCCAUCCUGCUGAACCUGGGCAAAUGGGAAUACAGGCUGCCUGUCCCCUUCCCCAUUAUCCAGUUGGGGCUGAGCCUGCUCUCCAUCCUCCUCUACAUCAGCACUCUGGUCCUCUGGCCUCUGUAUCAGUUCAACCAGAAGUUGGGCGGGCAGCCCCAGCGGUUGAGAGAUGUCAGCUGCAGUGAUGAGCUUACCUACAACAUGUGCACCUGGGACCAACGACUGGCUGUGGCCACCUUGACAACCAUCAACCUGCUGCUUUUCGUGGCCGACCUGGUGUACUGGGCCCACCAGGUUUCUGCAGGGACUGAGGAUCAGCCCAGGGACUCCUGA